AUGUCGAGCGUUGUCACUGCUACACGGCCGUCGCAGGCCUUGCGCCAGCGUCGCGAGUCCCAGCGACCAGCUCUCGCGCGCACAAACACUUCGAAGGCUAACGCCAUGGACCAGACGACUCUUGUGAAGGACGAGCCGAAACCUUACGUCAUCGACCAAGCCUACAUUCUUCGGAAGUUCAAUGGCUGCCGCCCCUCUAUGGCCAUACACCUCUACAAGCAAAACUUUCGCAUCAACGACUCCCAGGAUCCCUUUUCGUAUACUUCGCCCAUGAAAGGGCUGUUGGAGCAUUUGAAAAAGCGGACGAUUCCUCAUGAUAUACUGGAGGAGUUAUACCAGUACAACGUACAGUUCUACGACGGUUGCCUCAUCAUCGAAGUCCAUAACCAUGUAUCAACUGCUGAAGUGGCCCGGCCUAGCAGCUCGACAGGUUCGUCUGGUGCCCAAGAGAAAGCCUUCUCUAUCCACAACUACAACAACUUUAUUACCCCGUCACCCUUUGUUCCAUAUCCCAAGAAGACCAAGCCAGCUCAUCCGCGUCAAGAUGGCCAAACUAAAGCUCACUCAGGCCCUGGGACUGAAACAGCGACUGGUGAGGCCGAGACGGAUAAGGAGAACAUGCCUGCGCCUGGUCAGCCUGCAAGUGCAACUCAGAAGCAGCCUACCAAGGGAACAGUGACCACCGUCGUCCUCUUCCCGACGCCAUUGUCACAUGAUGCGGACAUUCGAAUGCUAGCCAACACUGCUGUGCCGGACAUGCAGACAUACAGGCGGAACCAAUCGCUGGCAUCCAGAGGCGGUGCAACUCCAACGAUGGCUCACCCUCCUACUCCACUAACAUCGGUGCCUCCAACUCCCUUGCUGCCUAGUGGCCGAAGCCCUAAACGGCAAAAAAUGGUCCUGGACGAGACCAAUGUCCACGAAUUUGAAUCCGAUCUCAUCAUUGCAACGGCGCCAAAACUCUACCUUGGGCUGACAGGAAGUCUUGAAGAGUCGGUUGCUCUGAUCGACAAGAUGACACCCGCGCAUUAUAAGUGUCCGCCGCCAGCACCCAAGGUUCGGAAACGGACGACUGCAGAAUUGGCUGCAGACGAAGCCGAGGCAGCGGACAUGCAAAGAUUUAUGCUGGCUGGUGACGAAAGAAAAGCCAGUACAUCUGGUGCGGCAACCAACGCCGAUGAGGGUCAAGCUGGUUUACGUGGUGGAAAUUCUUUUGAGCCUAGAUUCUCUAGAUUCAAGACUUUGGAGUCUAUCAAAAUGUUGCAGGAAGACAAACAGAGGCGCGACAAGGAAGAGGAGGCCAGGAAAGCUCAAUUGAAAGCUCAGCAGCGAGCUGAAGCAGAAGCGCAGAAGAGACAGGCUGAAGUCAACGCGCGGCAGGAUCAACAGAAUCAACAGAAUCAGCAAAACCAAGCUAUCAUGCAACAGCGCCGAGAGCAGAUGCUUCAGCAACAGCAGGAGCAGCAACAGGCACAGCAAGCAAGGCUUUUACAACAGCAACAGCAGCAGGAAGCACACCGAGCUGCAUCUCAAGCGCAACAGAUGCCGAAUGUUCCAUCAGCACAGUUCAAUCAAAUGGCACAUCAACAACCUCAGCACUCUUCGCCGGUUGUUCGCCAGCAGACUCCGCUUGCUUCAUCUCCUGCUAUGAAUGCGCAUAACAUGGCGUCUCAUGCCAUGGCAAGUGCACCUAUGGCGCCAACAUCGUCAAGUCAUGGAGCCGGUAGUCCUCCUAGGCCAGCUUCCGCAAUCUCGCACCACCCGCUGCCAAUGGCACGCAACAUGAGCCAACAGCACAGCGGUCAAGGCGUCAGUCGCAACGGCACUCCGCAGAUGGUUCAAGGUACUCCAAUUAUGAACGCAGCAAUGCCGGCACGGAACAUGACCCCACAGCCCAGAAUGCAGGGCAGCCCGAAUUCAGGUAUGCAAGGGACGCCGACGAUGAUGCAUACGCCUUCGGGCCAGCCCUAUACGCCAGAGCAGAUGCAAUUGCUACAACGCCGCCAGCAAAUGGCACGCAUGAAUGCCCAGCAGCAAGCUCAGAUGACCGGCAUGCAAGGCUCCCCCAACCCAAAUAUGGAUAUCCAGCAGAUGGCUCUGAUGCGCGCUCAGCAGCAAAUCCAACAGCAAGGCGGCGUCCCUGCUGGUCAAGACCCACAACAAUACCGCCAGAAUCUCGCGCGUAGUAUGUUGAUCCAGCUCCAGGAACGCAACAAGGCUAUGGCAGCCAGUUCGCCUCAGAACGGCGCCCAGAUGCGACCCACUACGUCCCAACCAGGCGGCGUCCUGAUCCCAGGUCUACCACCCAACUUUGCAUCGCUCGAUUCGGCCACGCUCCGCCAAGAAUACGUGCGCCGCAAGCGCGGAAUCCAGGAGCAGUUCGGCAACCAAGUCCCGCAAAAUUACCUCAACCAGAUGCGCCAGCUCGAAGGUAUAAUCCGCAACGCCGAGAUGCGCGAAGGCCAGGCCAGCGUCGGCGGUGUUGGCGGUGGGCACCUCGGCGGACAGCCCAACGCCCAAGCUAUGCACGCCAUGGGCAUUAACGUCGGGGCGGGAGCAAACUCGACGCAGCAGCAGAUGCAGCAGGCAAUGAUGAUGCGCCGCCAGCAGAUGCAGCAGCAACAGCAUCUCAUUCGCAUGCAGAACGCGCAGCACACACAGCAAUUAGGACAGCAGCAGCAACAGGGCGGCGGGCAGAUGAACAUGGGCGGCAUGGGCAACAAUAUGAAUGCCAUGAUUAACGGCGGCAGUAUGGGCGGCGGUAUGGGUGGCGGUAUGGGCGGUAUGGGCAUGGGACAGAUGAACAUGGGCCAGAUGGGCGGGAUGCAGGGGAUGCAGGGAAUGCAGGGAAUGCAGGGAAUGCAGGGAAUGCAGGGGAUGGGCAUGGGAGCAGCGAACGGCAGCGGCAUGUCGAUGCAACAAAUGCAGCAGAUGCGCAUGCAUCAGGCGUUGGCACGACAGCAGCAGCAGCAGAGGCCUCAGCCCGGGCAGGAUGGAGGCAUGGAGUGGAAUGGCUAG